CCAAAGACAACUUUCGGGGAACGUCAAUUCUUUAUAAUUGUGUUUCAAGAUGGUGUGCAUAACAUUAGCGGCUGCAGCUAUACUCAGCCUUUCCUUAACACCGCACGUGACCGCCCAAGAUGACCCGUCAAUCCUUCUUGGGGAGAUAGGACGAGCCUCAAACGAGAGCUUGCUAUGGGGCCCAUACAAACCCAAUCUAUAUUUUGGAGUGAGGCCGAAGAUACCAAAGAGUCUCUCGGCGGGGCUUAUGUGGGCGAAGGUGGAUAACUUUCAAGAUGUACAGCACAAUUUCAGACAUACAUGCGAACAAAAUGAAGGGAUGGUGGGAUAUGGCUGGGACGAGUAUGACGUUCGCAAUGGCGGCCAGCAGACUGUCCAUGACGCGGGAAACAAUAUUGAUAUCACAACCUCAUUCGUCAAGAUCCCAGGUGGAAAGCAUGGCGGCAGUUGGGGAGUGCGGGUAAAGGGGACGCCUCGAGAAGAUGCACCAGAUAUGUUGAUGACGGCCAUGGUGUUUUAUGCUACAUUAGAAGGGCUUGGAAGCUUGGAAGUCGAGAACAAGCCCGACAAAUUGGGAUACGAAGGCGAUGUGACGCUGAAGGGAAGCUCUGCUGGACUUGGAGAAUACAAGUUACUCGUUACGAAAGGAGAGGGCCGCCAUCCAACGGAAACUCACGAUUCAUACAAGGACAAGCCGCUGGACCGAACAAUGGUGCGUUCGAUGACCGCUGCAGAGGAAAACCUAUGGCAGAUCAAGCCACUCUUUUACCAAGAGUUGAAGGGCCAGAUCGAAGGAUAUGUGGAGAAAUACACAGUUGAGGCCAUGCCGCCCCCAUGGCAGGUAUACACACUACCCAACGAUGCGGGAAGUGGAAAUAUACAGAUGGUCCAGAAAGUAUUCGAGGGACCAUUCGAGUUCGAUAUCAUGUUUUCCAGUGGCUCAGCUACGAAGGAGGUUACCAGCGAAGAUCUUACGGAGGGAAUAGAAUCGGCGAGCAACUCUUUCGUAGAGAAAUUCGGCGAUGUAUUUGACUUGAAGGCACCAUACAACGGACCUAAAUACGUCCAGUUUGCCAAGAGCAUGUUCUCCAACCUCUUUGGAGGCAUUGGAUACUUCCAGGGCGACGAAGUAGUCGACCGCUCUUACGCCCCAGAAUACGACGAGGAGAAUGAGGGUUUCUGGGAAGAGGCCGCCGAGGCACGGGCGAAGAGAAGAGAGCAGCUCGAGGGCCCGUUUGAGCUUUACACAAGCGUCCCCUCGCGACCAUUCUUCCCGCGUGGAUUUCUUUGGGACGAAGGUUUCCACCUUCUGCCUAUAGCCGACUGGGAUAUGGAUGUCGCCCUCGAAAUUGUUAAGAGCUGGUUCAAUCUGAUGGACAGCGAAGGCUGGAUUGGCCGCGAGCAAAUCCUCGGCAACGAGGCUCGCAGCAAGGUCCCUCCGGAGUUCCAAGUCCAGUACCCGCACUAUGCCAACCCCCCAACACUCUUUUUCAUUCUCGACGCCUUCGUUGAGCGUCUCUCGAAGCCAAAUGAGUCCGCAAUCACAGUGGAAGAAUCUCCCAAGCUGGGCCAAGCGGGCCUCAACAGCGCCCACACCGACAACCCUGAAGUCGCGAACCAGUAUCUCCAGGCAAUUUAUCCGCUCUUGAAGAAACAGUACCAUUGGUUCCGCCGCACCCAAUCUGGCGAUCUCGCGACGUACGACAGAGAGGCGUUCCCCUCAAAGGAAGCGUACCGCUGGCGCGGCCGCACCGUGCAACACGUCCUCACCUCUGGUCUUGAUGACUAUCCUCGUCCACAGCCACCCCACCCUGGAGAGCUCCACGUCGACCUCAUCUCGUGGAUGGGUGUGAUGGCCAAGUCUCUUAAGAACAUCGCUACCUACCUUGGCGAAACCCAAGAUGUGGCCGAAUUCACGCGUAACGCGAACGGCAUCUUGCGCAACAUCGAUGAUCUGCACUGGAGCGAGAAGGAGAAGACGUUCUGCGAUGCGACUAUUGAUGAGUUCGAGGAGGACGUCCUGGUGUGCCAUAAGGGAUACAUUUCUAUCUUCCCGUUCUUGACUGGACUGAUAGAGCCCGAUAGCCCACGUCUAGGCGCUAUUCUUGAUCUCAUCGAGGACCCAGAGGAGCUGUGGACUGAUUUUGGAAUCCGCAGUUUGAGCAAGUCAAACAAGUUCUACGGCACAGAUGAGAAUUAUUGGAGAGGUCCGAUUUGGAUGAAUAUGAACUACCUCGCUGUGCGAGAACUACUCAAAAUAGCGCAGUCAUCCACUUCCCCUCAUGCCAAGCAAGCCGGCAGCAUCUACAGCCGUCUCCGCCACAAUCUCGUCUCGAACGUGUAUAAGUCUUGGAAAGAGACCGGAUUCGCAUGGGAGCAGUACAACCCCGAAGAUGGACACGGGCAGCGAACCCAGCACUUCACCGGAUGGACCAGUCUUGUGGUAAAGAUUAUGGCGAUGCCGGAGCUGGAAGCCGGGAAAGCCAGUGGCGAGGAGGGCCACGACGAAUUGUGAGAAGCGAGAAGUUAUGCAAUCGAGUGGGCCUAGGUCCUCCGGUUUGUAUGGUAGCUACUGUGAAAAUUUCGGUGUAGCCUCUGAAAAUAGCUUCAAGAAUUCAUAGACUCACGCAUUCGUGACGACCAGUAACUAGAGCACAAUAUAACUCGUAAGACCAGGAGUUUGCAUAUGAUAGUUGUACUCGCGUAUCCUCCCGUAUGGACUCUGAUAUUUCUCAGUCAUCAUCUCCUUGAAGUGAAAAGUGAAGAGCCUGGCGAAUAUCCCAAAGAGUGCCGAGGUCUUGGUUGUUGCGCAAGACGCGAAUGGUCUUCCAGGAGUUGCCAUUUGGUAGCUUUCCCUCCACACGGCCAUCGGCCUCUACGGCAGCUUUGCACAUGCGCUCAGGCCCAUUGAUUUCGGUGAUUAUAUCCUCGUCGCCUUUUGAAAACUUUGAGGCGCCUGGUGGUAAAGAGCAUUGUAGGACCCUUUUGUGUCCCGAACCUUGGACUUCGAUAAACUUGAUUUCUUUCUCGAUAAAAACUUUGCCAAUGGUUCUCUGGAAUAAGAAUAUGUCACCAGGUCUGAUAAGCUCACGGGUGACCAGGUCAUCGAACUUUAUGGAGCUAGAAAGCCCUGUAAGAACGUUGCUUUGGAGCUUCUGCUUUACUCCCCAGAACAUUUCGUACUCGUUAUCUUUCCUAUCAUCAAACUCUCCAUCUGCACGCUGUUCAGAUGCUGCCGCGGCUUCCUCAAGCCAUCUGGGCUCGUUGCGGCCUUCGGCAAUGUCUUCUUGAGCACGACCCAGGUAAUGGGCCCAGUUUUGAUCAAACUUCAAGAAAUUUUCACUAAUGCGGAGUUCGCCCUCAAUUUCAUCAAUAACAUGCGAGUUUUCUGGUAGCAUGCUAAUAAGCUUAGCUUUGGUUUCCUUGUCAAGGAUAUUCCAAGCUUCCGGGUUUGAAAAGAGCCCCUAUUGCCCUUGAUCAGCACAUAUCUCCAGCGGUGACAUGAGCCAUACGGACCUUUAAGUUUGCAUUGGCCAACGGAGACUUGGGGUUCUGGAGAACAUUUUCCACACUCCAAAUGCCCGUUCUGGCCUUCUUGGCCUUCUUAGCAGUCUGCGAGCUUGCCUGGUUCCUCUGUGGACGCUUUGCAGGGCUGACAGCAGAAAUCGCGGCGGAUAGCGGCCCAGUAUCUGAUGCCUCCUCAGUGGCGCUGGUACACUGUGAGCGACGUGAACCAGGCAUCUCAUGCUUCUGAUCAGUUGUCAAAUUGUUAGCAUCGUGAUCAGUGCUGUCUUCAGCAACGAAUUCUUCCAUGCUGUCCAUUAAGUCUGCGAGAGCUUCAUCCCCGUGACUGGAAUGUGGCAUCUCCGAGCCAUCAUUGGACGCAUACAUUUCGCCUGUAGCAGACUUUGCAUCGGACUCAAUGUUGGAUUUGGUUGAUUCUCCUUCUAUUUUCGACCGCUAUUAUGGCGUAGCCAUAAUCUCUAGACGCAUGAAAGUAGGAAAUGUUAAUGGAGCAGCUAGACUCCUAGUAGAAUAUCUCCACUCUGGGAGUAUAAACGGCGCUUCGGCACAAAUCGCUAGACGUUUUUGAGGGACAAUAUGUACGAAAUGAAAGUCACAAGAGCAAAC